CGAGGACCCACUCUUGCGUCUCUGCUCCAUACUUAAGGAUAGAUGGAUCUGACACCGGAACGCAUCGACAGCGGCACAUUUUGACUUUUCUCCAUCCCGAAGUCGGAUCAUUUAUUCUCUGUUUUACUUCUAUUAUUUUGUAGAAGCAAUGGAUAUCUACAGCUCAACGCUCUCACCGGCGCUGGACAUCUUCACAGGAUGCUAUCUGCUGGUUAUAGCUGUUCUCUCCAUUGUGGGAAACCUGCUGGUCCUCAUCAUGGCAGUCAAGAGGUCAUCAAGGAUGAAACCACCAGAGCUGUUGAGUGUGAAUCUGGCUGUGACAGACCUGGGAGCAGCUGUUGCCAUGUACCCUCUCUCUGUGGCGGCAGCCUGGAACCACCACUGGCUCGGGGGAGACGCUUUGUGUUUAUACUACGCUCUGGCAGGGUUUUUCUUCGGUGUCGCCAGCAUAAUGAACCUGACUAUCAUGGCAAUAGUGCGCUUCGUUGUGUCCCUCAAUCUGCAGUCACCCAAUGAGAAAAUCGGCUGGAGAAAGGUGAAGAUUCUCUGUCUCUGGGUCUGGCUGUAUGGUCUGAUCUGGGCUCUGUUGCCCGUCCUGGGCUGGGGGCGUUACGGCCCAGAGCCCUUCGGCCUGUCCUGCUCUCUGGCCUGGGGACAAAUGAAACAUGAGGGUUUCACCUUCGUCGUCAGUUUAUUUACCUUCAACCUCGUCCUGCCUUCCAUCAUCAUACUCUGCUGUUACUUUGGCAUAGCCAUCAAGCUCUUUUUCACUUACAAAAAGUCAAUUUCCAACAUCAACCGAGUCCCCAAUAAUGUCAAGCUCCAUCGAAGGCUGUUGGUGAUUGCUGUGCUCAUCAGCUUUGGCUUUAUAGUAUGCUGGACACCCUAUGCCAUCGUCAGCAUGUGGUCUAUUCUGGGGGACAGCAGCAGCAUCCCACCUGAAGUCAGUCUCCUCCCGUGCAUGUUUGCAAAGAGCUCCACUGUGUACAAUCCUUUGAUCUACUACAUCUUCAGCAAGAGUUUCAGAAGGGAGGUGAAGCAGCUGGGCUCGGGGUGCCUCGGCUGGGGCCCCUGCCAUGCCUCCAACACCAUCAAGGACAACAACAUUAGCAUGAGUCAUGCUGGUGACAAGAGCAAAGCAGACGUACUGACCACUUUGCAGCAGUUCGUGGAGUGAAAGCCUUUAGGGUUGAAAGACUUUGUGCUGGUUAUGUGGGAGAAUAAGUCGUCUCAUGAUGUCACAAAUGUUAUCACUAGAAAACACUUGUAUUUGUAUUGUAUUUUUUCCGGUACAACUUGUGUGUGCCGUUAUGACAAAAUGAGCAGGGUAAUAAUGGCUUCUUUUACGUGCGGUCACAAUGAAAGAGACGGGGUGUUUGCACAAUAUGUUACAUGCUGUGAAAGUUGAGCCAACUAAGCAAUUGUUAAGAAUUAACAAUGUGCUUGCAAGUGUCUUUACACCCCUAAACCAACGUAGCCCAUUAAAAAAAUACCUAUUUACUGUUGAGUAAUAUAAAUAUGUGAAAGAAGCUAAAGCGACAAGUGGCGUCCACAUUUCAUAAAAAAUCAUGCAUUUCACAUCACAUACCAAAGGUUGUACAGCAGAACACAACAAAAACAUUAAUAUUGAGCACAGAAAGAAGAAGAAAUGUUUAAUCGAAUACUUCAGGUUUAAUCUGUAAUAGAUAUACUUCAGUACAUUCCAGAAAAAAGGAAUAACCGUUCAGGGAUGACGUCUGCCAUUUACUGUAUGUACUAAAUGUUUAAAUUAAGUGACAGCUGCUCAUGUUUCAUAAGUUUGCCUCUUAAAGUGUUUACAAAAGUGACACCCAUUUUCCUUGUUUACCCUGUCUGAUGCAUGUACUGUAUGUUGGCUUCUCUUUACAUUUUAAGCAGCAAUCUACAUGUUGUUAAGGAUAAUGUGAUAAUGGUGUGAUUCUAUUUUGAGGAUAAAACUGUUCUUAUAACUUUCUUACCAAAAAAUGUGGUCCAAAACCAAACAUAUAAUGCAUUCUACCAUUAUACCACUGUAUAACAUCUAGACUGGUGUUCAUUUUAAUGAAAUAUAAUGACAAUUUAUGGCUUUUUUUGCAGAAGAUUUGCGAAUUUAUUUGGUUUCCUGCUGGAUGUUUGAUGGGAAAGUCAACACCGCUUUGGUGUAUGCUAUUAUACUCUAUUAUGUAUUCUCAAGCUACAACCCAUUAGCUGAGUCUAGCAUAAAGACUGUAAAUGGGGGGAGAAGUGCCUCCCUCCAAAGGUAUACUUAUUUGUUGGUAUUUAUUUUUGACCUUUAUACUUGCUGGUAGGCAGAUUUAGCUCUUUUCCGUUGUUUCCAGAUUGUGUGAUAAACUUUGCUAAACUAACCGCUGGUGGUGGCUUUAUAUUAAAUAUAUCGAUAUAAUUUGAAAGCUAAAA